CCAGAGUCUGGGAGGGGUCUGCACGUAGCUGGGUAGAGGAGCUGCCCGGUGUUCUGUCAGAAAAGCGUCUAUCGAGCAGGAUCCGACCCCGGUGUGGAGCGCCUCCCUAUACUGUAGCAUGGUGCAGGGGAGCCGAACAAUAGCGCCGCCUCGUACAUAGGGAGCCGCCCUGAGGACCAUGUAUACCUUCGUGGUGAGGGACGAGAACAGCACCGUGUAUGCCGAAGUGGCCAAGAUCCUGCUGGCCUCGGGACAAUGGAAGCGGCUGAAGAAGGACAACCCCAGGUUCAACCUCAUGCUGGGGGAGAGGAACAGGCUGCCGUUUGGGAGGCUGGGUCACGAGCCUGGCAUUGUGCAGCUGGUAAAUUACUAUCGUGGAGCAGAUAAGCUUUGUCGUAAGGCUUCCUUGGUAAAAUUAAUUAAAACGAGUCCUGAGCUUUCGGAGUCCUGCACGUGGUUCCCAGAAUCUUAUGUCAUUUACCCAACCAAUCAGAAGUCUCCUGUGGCAAAAGGAAGGAACGGGCUCCAAGAUCUAAUCAACAGCACCCGUACAGACGAGCGUGAAGAGUUUCUAGAAUCCUUUAACGGAAGGAAGGAGAGUGGAAAAGGAAAUGUGUGGAUAGCAAAAUCCUCAUCAGGUGCCAAAGGGGAAGGAAUCCUUAUAUCCUCUGAUGCAACCCAACUCCUAGACUUCAUUGACAAUCAAGGCCAAGUUCAUGUGAUACAGAAAUACCUAGAAACCCCACUGCUUCUAGAACCAGGACACCGCAAAUUUGAUAUCAGGAGCUGGGUCCUUGUAGACAAUCAGUAUAACAUUUUCCUGUAUCGUGAAGGAGUCUUAAGAACAUCUUCUGAACCAUACAAUGACGCUGACUUUCAAGACAUGACAAGCCACUUAACCAAUCACUGCAUUCAGAAGGAGCAUUCUAAAAACUAUGGCAGAUAUGAAGAUGGGAAUGAGAUGUUCUUUGAAGAAUUUAAUCAGUACCUUAUGACAUCCUUAAAUAUCAAUCUAGAAAACAGCAUCCUAUGGCAGAUAAAGCAAAUAAUAAGGGUCUGUCUGACUUGUAUAGAACCUGCCAUCAGCACAAAGCAUUUACCCUACCAGAGUUUCCAACUCUUUGGCUUUGACUUCAUGGUGGAUGAAGAUUUGAAGGUCUGGUUGCUUGAAGUCAAUGGUGCCCCUGCUUGUGCACAGAAACUGUAUGCAGAACUUUGUCAAGGCAUUGUAGAUCUAGCCAUCUCGACUGUCUUUUCUCUCAGCGACACUGUGCAGAAGCAGACCCAAGACAAUGCAUUCAUCAAACUCUGAAGCCUUACCUAUAUACUUACAAGCACUGCUGCCACAUAUUACUGGUUGAUAUCCAAUUCAUAUAUUUCGCCCACGAUCAUGCCAAUAGAUUGGAGAUUGUACAUGUCUAGAUAGAGUGAAACUAUUGAAAGAGCAGACGAUGAGGCGAAAUGAACUGGAUUCUGCUUUUAUGAUUUUACAUGCCAAGCAUUUUGUUUUUUAUAUAUAAAUAUAUAACUUAUUUUUUAUUUAAGUGUAAAUGAUGGAUGCACAUUUUAGUCAGGGCUUCAGUUUUGUUUCUUUUUUAUGGAUGUUUAGCGCUUGAAUGCUUUUAUGUCUAUACAUUUUUACAAACCUAUGAAGUAAAAGCCUUACUAAAGCAA